GUUUAGUAGAACGAGUUGGAACAAACGAGGGAGCGGCUGCCGCGCCCUGUGUACGCCUCCUGGGACAGAGUUACUGCGCACAGGUAACAAAUGCUAAGCCCACCGGAAGCGAAACAAAAGUUCGAGUAAAGGUGACGCAGAAGACCGAGCGUAUUUAACUUUUUUGGACUCAAAAGUAAAAGGUGGACUUGAGCCUCGAUAGAAACAGAAAAAAACCCAUAUCAUAGUAGUUUUUUCGGCCCUCUGUUUUUGUGGGGUUUUUCCUUUUUUCCACUUUUGCUUUGUGAGCUGGGGAGGAGUUGUCAGGUGCGAAAACAAGCAAAGAUCUAACCUGGAUAACUAUACCUGCUGGAGGCGUUCACAGACGACUAAAGAAUGUAGAUGUGCAUCCAGAGAAGUCCCCAGGCUUUCAGACGUCUGGAUAACUCCAGUCCUCACCUGCACAGCUAAUGGCAUGCCGAUCUCCAAACCUCCCAAUGUGGCGAGUGUCAGUGGUGCCCUAAUCCUCCUCCUUCUACUCUGCGUCUGCAACACCACCCUACUCUUUCUACUCAUCAACGUUUUUCUCAUCCCACACCCCGCUCACGCCUCAGGAUGGGUAACAUAACCGGUACCUGCCAUGACAAUGAGACCAUCGACUUUUUCUACAACAACAGUGGAAAAGCCAUUAAUACUCAAUGGAAAAAGCGUGACGUUCUUAUUGUCACGCUGGGCUUGAUUGUUUGCUUCAUUGUUAUUUUUUCCAACUUUUUGGUAGUAGCGGCCAUUUUCAAAAACAGACGGUUUCACUUUCCCAUCUACUACUUGUUGGGUAAUAUGGCUUUGGCAGACCUUUUUGCAGGUUUUGCGUAUCUCCACAUGAUGUUUCAUACUGGUCCCUGGACUAUAAAGCUAUCACCGAACCAGUGGUUUACUCGUCAGGGGUUGAUAAAUACCAGCCUGACAGCCUCGGUCCUCAACCUCCUAUUCGUGGCUGUGGAGCGCCACCAGACUAUCUUCAACGUCCAGCUACACAGCAGCAUGAGCACUCGGCGUGUUUUCAUAGUCAUGCUGUUAAUUUGGCUGGUGGCAAUAAUCAUGGGCCUCGUUCCCCAAAUGGGUUGGAACUGCACGUGCCAUCUAAGUGAAUGCUCCACCAUGGCACCGCUAUACCACCGCAGCUUCCUGAUAUUCUGGGCCGUUCUUAACUUGAUGACCUUCUCCAUCAUGGUGGCCGUAUAUACCCGGAUCUUUCUCUAUGUGAGGCACAAGGGCAGGCAGAUGUCACAGCACACUUCGAUGACAAGACAGAGAGAAACCAUGAUGAACCUGAUGAAGACAGUCUCCAUGAUCCUGGGCUGCUUUGUGGUCUGCUGGACACCCGCACUGGUUGUGCUGCUGCUCGAUGGUCUAAACUGUGACAGGAGUUUGGUGCUAGGCCCCGAGAAAUACUGUCUGGUGCUGGCAGAGUGCAACUCCUUCGUCAACCCCAUCAUCUACUGCUUCAGGGACCAAGACAUGAGGAGGACCUUCAAGGAGAUUCUGUGCUGCAACUGGUCUCAGAGGCACAAGAACAGAGGCUUCUCUGAAGUUAAAUUUCACACCGUGGAGCAAGAGAAUGGUAAGUCUCGUAUCCCCAAGGCGAAAGAGAGGAGCAACGGGGCGCCUCUCAUCCGUGCCAGCUCAGAGGACAUCCCUGCAAGUCCGAUUAACUGAGACCAGCUGAGAAAUUUCGAGGCAUGCACACAUGCAUAUCUAAGUGAACUUAUCUGUGUAUGUACACAAAAAUGAGCCUUGAGCUGGUUCUUCAAGGAUUAUGUAGAUUUUUUUUUUUCUUUUUUUUUUUAUAUAAAGGGUUUUACCUCUGCUGUGGGUUUACAGUUUCUGCAGCUACUGGUAGAAGAGAUACACUCUUUGGCUGGAAGCUUCAUAACAGCAGCUUUAUCUUCUCAUUUAAACACAAGCCCGCCACCAACACCUCCCCUGCACAGACGCGUACACAUUGUUGGGAUCACUUGGACAACAUGGGAGACACACGUGAGAGUUUCCUGUUGAGACAUGAGUGACUCGGCAGUUUUUUGUUGGGUUUUUUUUUUUUUUUUUUUCCCCUCAGUGACAACAGUGAUGGAAGACCAACACCUGGAAAGCUACACAGCAGACCGUGGAAUAAAUGUGUGAAAAUGUGCAAUCAUAAAGAAUGCGCUCUGUGCUUUAGUUAUGAGUCACACAAGAGUAGUUUGCUGGCUACUCUUAGCUUAAGUUAAUGUGAUCCAAGUUGUUACCACUAGUGCAGUAAGUCCUCCUUAAUAAAUUUCGGGGUGUUUAUUUAAUUGCAUGACCAGAAAGCUUUUUGUGAUAUAGAGCGUGUGUGUGUGUGUGUGUGUGUGUGUGUGUGUGAGAAUAAAAUACUAGAAACAUGACUUUUAUAACGUGGAUUGAUUUAAAAAGUAAACAGUAAAGUCCUGGAGGAUGGAUUUUAUUGGCCUGUGUUAUUUUGAGUAAACAGUCAGCUGUUGUGUGUGCAGAUAUAGUUUCAGACAGGGGCCCAAUGGCCACUCUAAGGGCAUUAAUAAGUAGUUUAGUAACAUUAAAGUUAUAGAUUAAUCAGGUUUGAUAUUUUUAAACUACUUCAAAGAUUUAAAACUAUUUUAGUGGGUUUCUUACACUUUUUGUCCAAUCAGCAGCACCUUUUUUUUUUUUCUUGCCAACAUUUGUAGAUGGUGUUCCUGUCACAAAUGUUAUAUGGAUUGUUGUUGUUUUUAAAUCCCUCAAGGUAUACGUGCCUGUUAUGACGCACAGUUUUCGUUUUCUUUUAUUCGUCAAAAUGAGCGCCGUGCCUUGUAAAUCUACAGCCAGUGAAAAAUGUGGUUACAAAUGUUGCGUUUCUUUUUAAUAUACAGCCAGUGUGAUAUAAGAAUGAGAUGCAAGUUGUUGUUUUUAUUUAGUUUUUUUCCACUCGCUGCAUGCUGCUUGUGUUUGCAUAAUGUAAAUUGUUCACUUACAAUGUUUGUCAUAGAAAUAUACAACUUAAAUUUGCAAUGACAUUGUAAUGGUUGAUAUUGUAACAGUAUUCAGUAGUAAUUUCCGGGAUAUGAAGCCCAUCAUUUGUCAGCAGGAUGAUCCACAAAUGUUUUUAUUGCUGAGUAAAGCUUUUGAGUAAAAUAUUGCAGCUGAUUAAUAUUGAUUUUUGGGAGAAACUGACAUGUUUAAAAGAACCGUUGACGGCUGUAACACGUUUUCUGCCAUUAUAAUCUGCUCUCUGAGUGAUGCCAUUAAAAACGUGUAUCAUGCUGA